AUGCACGAGCGAUGCGCUCGCACCGUCGCUAGCUUGCUAGUCAGUGUCAGUCGGCCCGUCAGUUCGUUCCGACGCAGCGGCUCUCGUUGUUCGAUUGCACCAGCCGUCGUUUUGCGGUGUAGCGACAACCCGAGGUAGCGCCUGCGGUCGCGAUACUCUUGCCGGAAAAGCUCGUCGCUUUCGCCAUGGCAGGGCCCGGGAAGACGGCGUCCAUCGAAAUUAUUCAGGAUGUGGUCAUCACCGAAACGGCAGGGCCUAGGUCUCAGUCACCACAACCUCAGCUCGCUCCUCCCCCUCCUCCUCCUCCUGAGGCUAGGGGCGCCGGUUCCGUGAUCGAGAUAACAACGGCUGACCAGUCGGGGAGCACUACAAUGACAGCUGUGAACGGCCCCAACAUGAAUGUCAGGACAACGGUUUCGAAUGAGGGCACAAACAUGCAAGUGACGACGAGCGACGGCAACGUGCGUAACAUCAACGUGCCGCCGAUUAAACGGAGCAGCUCCAACGCGCGAUUCGAGAGACGCAUACUCGUCGUGGACGGCAAUGAGACUAUGGAAGAGUACGAGAAUGGACGGCUCGUCAAGAAGACAAUCAAUGGAAAAGAGCAGCCCUUGCAGUAAAUGCCUUCGUCGCAAGAACGGACGACUUUUAGAAGGAUUGCUGAUGAAAAGAGAUGGCCCUUGCAGUAAAAUUUUUCUGAACUGUU